CACUACCCUCUUUAAGCAAAGGAUAAAGCGAAAAGAAAUUCCUGAAUCCUCGUGGAAACGCAACACUCCCACAAACAAAAUUCUGCAAACCCAUCUCCAAAUCCAAAGUUUCCUCCUCUAAUGGCGACACCAGUCAAAGUGUACGGCCCACCCCUCUCCACCGCUGUCUCGAGGGUCUUGGCCUGUCUCCUUGAGAAAGAUGUUGACUAUCAACUCAUCACUGUCAACAUGUCCAAAGGUGAACACAAGAAACCUGAUUACCUCAAAAUCCAGCCAUUUGCUCAAGUACCAGCCUUUCAGGACGAAAGCAUCUCUCUCUUUGAGUCCAGAGCCAUAUGUAGAUACAUAACAGACAAGUACCCAAACAAAGGAAACAAGGGUCUGUACGGGACGAACCCAUUAGAGAAGGCUUCCAUUGAUCAAUGGUUAGAGGCCGAAGGGCAGAGUUUCAACCCUCCGAGCUCAGCUCUGGUGUUUCAGCUGGCGUUUGCGCCGCGAAUGAAGAUCAAGCCAGAUGAAAGGCUGAUCAAGCAGAGUGAAGAGAAGCUGGCAAAGGUGCUCGACGUGUACGAGAAGAGGCUUGGUGAGAGUCGGUACUUGGCCGGUGACGAGUUCAGUCUGGCUGAUCUCUCUCACCUGCCCAAUGCCCACUACUUAGUGAAGGCAACAGAUAGAGGAGAGCUCUUCACUUCGAGGAAGAAUGUGGGGAGGUGGUGGGACGAGAUUUCGAAUCGAGAAUCAUGGAAGAAGGUGGUUGAAAUGCAGAACUCACCGCCCCGUUAAGAGUGCUUGAAUUGGGUUGGCUUGAAUUGGGUUGGCAUUGCUUUCCCAUUGUUGAAUUUUGUGACUAGUUUUGCCACUGGUUCUGUAUUUCUGUUGUUGUUGUGUUGCUUCAAAUGACUUCCACAGUUCUGAUAUAAAUGUCUUGGUUGAUUUCAGUUCCCAA